AUGUACCCCGCCUCAGCGCCGGGCGCCACGCCUUCCUAUCGCGAUAACGGGGUGCCAAACCAUAACAAAAAAAGAAACCGCAGCGAGUUUGAGGCUGGAGGGCUGUACCAAGCUGAGCUUUUUCUGAAUCGCCAGACCUACAGUUACCGUGUUCCAAAGUACAGGGAUGUCAACGGCGCUUACCCCCAUACAUUUCAGACGCCGGUUUCUCCAGGUUAUAGGCCUCCACAGCGUUCAGUUCAAGGAGGCCUGUUACCACAGCAAAACAGCAACAUCUCCACCAAUCCGUCACCCAUGGCUUAUAGGCCACCCCAACCAUUCAGCCGCGCUCAGCAGAACAAUCAUGAUAUCCUAGCAAAUCAACUGCCAUUCGCUUAUGAGACACCUGACCAAUUCAGCCGACCUCAGCAGAACGGCAACAUCUCUCCGCAUCAGCCACCGUUCGCUUAUACGCCACCGCAACCAUUAAGAGGCAUUCAGCAGAAUAACCAUAACAUUUUACCUGGUCAUUCACCGUACGCUUAUGCGCCAUCGCAGCCGCUGGGUCACAGUGGCCUUCUUCAACAACACCACAACGGUAUACGAGGCCACAUCCCUGAAGUGCAAAACCACCAAAGAGGGUUGAAUAGGCCUCAACUCAAUAUAUCGCUAAAUAGCCAAGUUGGGGCCAUUCGGGACCGGAGGCCUUAUGUCGUUGACAAUUGUCCUCGGGCAUUGGACAAUGGCGAUAUUCCGAACUGGAACAUCCUAGAAAACCUCGAACAGUCACCGGAAGACCAAAGGUUUAUCGACUAUAUUAAUGGAGACCAUGCGUUUCAAGAUUUGGAGUUUCCAUAUUUGCCGGAUGGCGGAGUUCCCCGGCAACGACUAUGGAAUAAUGAUGAUAUUCCCAUUCACCAUUCACAUUUCAUCGGCUUGCGGGACAUCAACCGCGGGCUUGAUUUGAAUCCACCACACGAGGCUGGAUCACGCGAGGCCGAGUCAGACGAUGACCUGUCUGAAGACGACCAGUUAGAUGAGGUCCUGUCUGAGGACGACCAGUCAGAUGAGGACCUCUCUGAGGACGACCAGUUAGACGAGGACCUGUCGGAGGACGACCUCUCCCAGGACGACCUCUCCCAGGACAUUAACGACAACGAGAUCCUUGAAGACGACGAGUUAUCCGGUAACCAGCAGCAACUUGUGCCCGCCGUUAUGCAGAAUCUUAAUCUAAAGAUCUGUGACGAGCAUGAGUGCGGGGAACCCACUUUCUACCUAACGCAAAGGGCAAGAAAGUGCCGGUUCCACCUUGAAAACCCGCCGCCUCAAACUCGGUGGGAAGAUCUCGACCACGCUCCCACAGCCGAUCCGGAUGCUUGUUCCGGAUGUAACGGCCUCCGCCCGCGCAGGGCUCCCGGUAGAACAUGCUGGGAAUGCCUGUGCAAAAAUCGGCGGCAGAGAUAUGGUGUUUGUGACGGGUGUCCUGCUUCUUGGUGCCCAAAUCGGGUUGUGGAGGGAGCUUAG